GAAGGGCUGUUUUGCUCUGUCCAGCGCUCCUGCUGCAGAGCAAGAUAUUCUCAAUUUUUUCGUGGAUUUCAUUGCUGCAGUGGUCUGCAAAAUCUACCGCUUGUCUUGAGGAUAACGACGCAAGAACAAGGAAUUGUCGUGGAUAACGCAAAUAAAAUGAAAACGAUUGGAUUAAUGUGAUCUCGUGGCUGAGGUUGAAGUUAGGGUAUCCAUCGCUGGGAUUUUUUUAAAGCCCGUAUUUCCAAAAAAAGGAGGCUGUUGAGAGGAGGACUAUUGCAAUGUCAUCUCAAACAUCAGUUCCUCAUAUUUGUGGACGGGGGAUGUUGGGAUGAGGCGGUCCACUAUGGGGUUCUCCAAGUUGGCACUUCUCACCCUCCCAGCCCUCCUCGCCCUCAUCAGCCUCUCCCACGGUGCGGAGAAGGUGCCCAUCCUGAACAUUGCGGUCAUCCUGGGCCGCACGCGCUACAUCGCAGACAGGGACAUCCGGGCCCUGUGGAGCAAGGAUGACCCCAUCGACGUCAACGUGGUCACCCUGCUGGUCAACGAGACGGACCCCAAGAGCAUCAUCACCCACAUGUGCGACCUCAUGUCGGGCACCAAGAUCCACGGCGUGGUGUUCGGGGACGGCACCGACCAGGAAGCCAUCGCCCAGAUUUUGGAUUUUAUUUCCUCCCAGACGCUGAUACCCAUCCUGGGCAUCCACGGGGGAUCCUCCAUGAUCAUGGCGGAUAAGGAUGUAAAGUCCACCUUCUUCCAGUUCGGAGCCUCCAUCCAGCAGGAGGCGCUGCUGAUGCUCAACAUCAUGGAGGAGUACGACUGGCACGUCUUCUCCAUCGUGACCAGCAAGUUCCCCGGCUACCAGGACUUCAUCACCGUGCUCAAGACCACGGUGGAGAACAGCUUCGUGGGCUGGGACCUGCAGCACAUCAUCACGCUGGACGCGGUGGACGGCGAGAGCAAGAUGCAGAUCCAGCUGAAGAAGGUCCAGUCUCCGGUCAUCCUGCUGUACUGCUCCAAGGACGAGGCGGUCUACAUCCUGGAGGAGGGCCGCUCGCUGGGCCUCACGGGCUACGGCUACAUAUGGAUCGUGCCCAGCCUGACCACCGGCAACCCGGAGAUCACCCCGGACGAGUUUCCCUCGGGCAUGGUCUCCGUCUCCUACGACGACUGGGAUUACCCGCUGGAGGCGCGCGUGCGCGACGGCCUUGGGAUUAUUACCACGGCAGCGGCGGCCAUGUUGGAGGAGUUUGGGGACAUUCCGGAGGCCAAGACCAGCUGCUACGGCCCCAUGGAGAAGGCCAAGAUUCCCCCCAGUGCUUUGCACAAGUACAUGAUGAACGUGACCUGGGACGGCAGGGACUUGUCCUUCACCGAGGACGGUUAUCAGGAGUACCCUAAGCUCGUGGUCAUCGUCCUGAACAAGGACAGGGAGUGGGAGAAGAUGGGCAAGUGGGAGAACCGCAGCCUGACCCUCAAGUUCCCCGUGUGGCCUCGCUUCAACGCCUUUGGGGACGCGGAGCCUGACGACAACCACCUGAGCAUCGUGACGCUGGAGGAGGCUCCCUUCGUCAUCGUGGAGAACGUGGAGCGCCGCACGGGCACCUGCAUGCGGAACUCCGUGCCCUGCCGCAAGUACAUCAAAGACAACACUACUGAGGGCGGUGGGACCUAUAUCAAAAAGUGCUGCAAGGGAUUUUGCAUCGACAUCCUGAAGCGUAUCGCCCGGAACGUCAAGUUCACCUACGACCUGUACCUGGUCACCAACGGCAGACACGGCAAGAAGAUCAACAACGUGUGGAACGGCCUAGUUGGGGAGGUGGUGUACAAGAAGGCCGUAAUGGCCGUUGGCUCCUUGACAAUCAAUGAGGAGCGCUCCGAGGUCAUCGAUUUCUCCGUGCCCUUCGUGGAAACCGGGAUUAGCGUCAUGGUCUCCCGUAGCAACGGGACAGUAUCCCCGUCAGCAUUUCUGGAGCCGUUCAGUGCGUCCGUGUGGGUAAUGAUGUUUGUGAUGUUGCUGCUGGUCACGGCUAUGGCCGUCUUCCUCUUCGAGUACAUCAGUCCUCUGGGCUUCAACAGGAACCUGGCCCAGGGAAAAGACCCUCACGGUCCCUCCUUCACCAUGGGCAAGGCGGUGUGGCUUCUGUGGGGUCUGGUCUUCAACAACUCCGUGCCCGUGCAGAACCCCCGUGGGACUACCAGCAAGUUCAUCGUGUCGGUGUGGGCCUUCUUCGCUGUCAUCUUUCUGGCCAGCUACACUGCCAACCUGGCCGCCUUCAUGAUCCAGGAGGAGUUUGUGGACCAGGUCACCGGCUUGAGUGACAGGAAGUUCCAAAGCCCGUAUUCGUACUCGCCCCCCUUCCGUUUUGGGACGGUGCCGAACGGGAGCACGGAGCGCAACAUCAGGAAGAACUAUCCGGACAUGCACCAGUACAUGGUGAAGUACCACCAGACCGGGGUGCAGGACGCACUGGUCAGCCUUAAGACUGGCAAGCUGGAUGCUUUCAUCUACGACGCGGCCGUGCUUAACUACAUGGCGGGCAGGGAUGAGGGCUGCAAGCUGGUGACCAUUGGCAGCGGGUACAUCUUCGCCACCACCGGCUACGGCAUCGCUCUGCAGAAGGGCUCCUACUGGAAACGGCAGGUGGACCUCGCCAUCCUGGCCAUCAUUGGAGACGGUGAGAUGGAGGAGCUGGAGGCCCAGUGGUUGACUGGCAUCUGCCAUAAUGAGAAGAACGAGGUGAUGAGCUCCCAGCUGGACGUGGACAAUAUGGCGGGCGUCUUCUACAUGCUGGCCACAGCCAUGGGCCUCAGCCUGAUCACCUUCGUGUGGGAGCACCUCUUCUACUGGCGCCUGCGCUACUGCUUCACCGGCGUCUGCUCCGGCACACCGGGACUGCUCUUCAGCAUCAGCAGGGGCAUCUGGAGUUGCAUUCACGGCGUGCACAUCGAGAUGAAAAAGAAGUCCUCCGACUUGGACUUCAGCCCCCAGGCCAACACGCUGAAGCUGUUCAAGUCGGCCAAGCAGAUGACCAACAUGACCAACCUGAGCGCCUCGCGCAUCAACUCGCCCAAGCGCGCCGCCGAGUACAUGCACUCCGCCAGCCCCAUGAUCAUGGAUAUGAUGGCCGAGAAGGGCAACUUCAUCUACACCGACAAUCGCAGCUACACCCCAAAGGACAUGAUCUACGGCGACCCCGGCGAGCUACAGACCUACCUGGCCAAUCGCCACAAGGACCACCUCAACAACUACAUUUUCCAGGGCCAGCACCCCCUGACGCUGAACGAGGCCAACCCCAACACCGUAGAGGUGGCAGUGAGCGCAGACGCGGCACAGACCAACGCCGCUAAACCCCGGGCCCUGUGGAAGAAGUCUGUGGAUACCGUCAGGCAGGGGCAGCCUGACACACUGGCCCCCGACCCCCGGCUGUCCAUGAAGAGCCAGAGGUACCUGCCGGAGGAGGCAGCACACUCUGACAUCUCCGACUGCAGCAGCAGGGCCGCCUCCUACAAGGAUCCGGACAACAACAAGCACCUGAAGCCCAAGGACAACUUAAAAAAAAGAUCGAUGACGUCAAAAUACCCUAGGGAUUGCAGCGAAGCGGAGCUGUCCUACUUAAAGAGUAAGCAGGUCGGCCCGACUCGUGAAAAAAUCUACACCAUAGACUCUGACCGGGAGCUGAGCCUGCACUCAGAUCCGCUGCACUACAGAGAGAGCCGGGGCCUUGCCGCAGACGAAUUGGAUUUUCCCGAAAUGUACUCCGACCACAACGACAACUUCCGCAAAUGUGAUCAGCCCAUCAUCCAUCUGAACAGCAGCCCCCUCCAUCACACCGAUUCUGACAUGCUUCCCGACAAUGCCUACAACAAACACUACAGCAGCGUCAAAGACAAAACCGUCAGCCCCCAUGAAAGCAACGACCGCUACAAACAGACUCACUGCCGCAGCUGUCUCUCCAAGGUGCCAAACUUCCCUCCCGGCCACUACCAAGCCGGGCAGUUGCGCUCCCCCUACAAUCGCUGUGAAGCUUGCCUGCACAUGGGCAACCUCUAUGACAUAAGCGAGGACCAGAUGCUCCAGGAGGCCAUGCUCAAUCCCAGCAUGCAACAGGAUGACAUGUUUGGCAGCUACUGGCCGCAGACGGACGGGCCGCACGUACAGAAGCGGAACCGGCUGCGGCUGAGCCGCCAGCACUCCUUUGACAAUAUCAUGCUGGAGAAACCCAAGGAGAUCGAUCUCAACCGGCCGGCGCGCAGCGUCAGCCUCAAGGAGAAGGACCGCUUCCUGGAGGACAGCCCUUACGCGAACAUGUUCAGCUUCAAGUCCGACAAACUGUUCGGCAGCAGAUCCAUGCUCUUCAAUAACUUAGAGGAGAGCAAACGCAGCAAGUCGCUGUACCCCGAUCACACCUCAGACAAUCCCUUCAUGCACUCUUUACGAGACGACACGCGCCUCUUCCACGGCCGCAGCUCCUCUGACAUUUACAAACAGUUAGCCCCCAUCACGAAACGAAACGAAAACAAUUUGAGGUCCUCAAUUAAGUCCAACACUUCAUACUGCUCCAGGGAUGGUCGGAUACCCAAGGACAUGUACUUUUCAGAGCAUGUAAUGCCUUAUGUAGCCAACAAAACUAGUGCAUACUCAGCUCCCCGGGUCCUAAAUUCAGCGCAGUUCAGCAAUAGAAGAGUGUAUAAGAAAAUACCUAGUCUUGAGUCAGAUGUUUAAUGGCCUCUUUGUGUAGUUUAAAGACGUAUAUAUACAUAUAUAAAUACAUAUAUAAAUAAAUAUUCAGUAUAUUCACUUAGAAUACCAUAGCCACCUCCAUCUAAAAAUCAAAAAAAGUACCCGAAGUAUUCUCUCUUAUCUGACAUCACAUCCUUGUAUGAAACGAGUUGGCUGCAUGGUGCUUGCCAAAGGUUUUCAGCAUAUUAAAGUUACCCAGUCGGGUUGGGGAAUGGGUGGGUCGGCUGUAUUAACUGCAGACAGAUAAUCAGUAGAGAUGGUAGCCCAUGUGUUGAAGGGGACUGAGGUGACCCCAAUGCCAGUGCCGUGUACUGUAUAAGUCCAACGCAUGGCUCAGGUGACCUCAGUCUAUUCUGGGACAUGUCGGCACAGAGAGAAAAUGGGCCGCCCUGACAGUCCUCUGUAAACAUAGAGGGCAGAGCGAGACGGAUAUCACCCACCUGGACUGAUUGGGUUUUGGGUGGGUCACAAAUAAUAAUUAUAAUAAUAAUAAUAAACCAACGCGAAGCUGCAUGUGUCGCGAGAGAGCAUCGCCAAAAGCCGGCCAGGACUCGUCUUAUUGCAGUUGCAGUUGAAAGUAGUCAGUCCACCGGUCAGGGAUGUCUCGGGUCAAAAUUUCAACAUUUUUAGACGCUGUUUACAAGCACGGGGGUGAAAGGCGAGUUAAGGGUAUAAUCAUCCUGUGGCACUUCACAAUGCCAACAUAGCAUUGUUGCUUUUAUUCUAUAACUAUAGAUUUUUCGGGGGAUUCUGGCAUUUUGGUCCCCCGCUUAGACUUUAGAAUUAGCUUAUUUGGUAGCACAAUAACCAUUACUUAUCUACCCAUCUUUGCUUUCUAAAGCAUAAUUUUUGAAUUUUACCUUCAGGAAUAGAUUAUUUUGCAUGUAUUGUUCUGGUAUUGGAAAAAGAACUCUCACCCAUAUUUACAUUAAGGUGACGAUGAUCGAAAGUGGAUACGUGUGCAAUUAACACUUGACCUGUACGUACAGUAAGACGCUGAUGAGACCCUGGAAGGCAUUGAGACCGCGAACAAUGCUAGCGGAGAUUGACCAGGAGAGAUCUCCCACAUACUAUACAGGGUACAGACUUAACUGUGGAGUUGUAUGAGCGAUGAAAGUUAAAAAUGAAGCCUUGUGAUCGAACUUUUGUUCCACAGGUAUUGUGUUCAGUGCUUCUGUUUUGUUGCUACACACUGUGACGCUGAACAAAACACAUCACCUCUGUUGUUGGAGACUGUUUAUUUGUGUGUUGUCGAUGGUGAGAGAUGGUCUGUCCUGCCGAGAUGUUUCCAUUGCGUCAUUUUUAAAUGUAAAAACUUAUGCAUGUACAACCUUGGGUAAGCUUGAAGAUUUGAGAGCAUUGGUUUACUUUUUUCUCAAUGCACAGCCAACACAUAUUGUCACUUGCCAAAUGCACACACGCACACAUGCACAGAAGUAUACUGUAUAUGCAGACUAGCACACACACUUAGACAGACACACUGCAGUAAACACACACACAUACACACACGCACACGCAGGCACACACACACAGACGCAGCAGCAGCAGCAAACAUAAAGUAUUACCAGGCAAACUUGACGUUCUGCAGAACUAUUUAUUUAUCGCUGUAUAUUAUGUAAAGUACUUUGUAGAACAUUUAGUGAGCUCUCCAUGAAACUUUGAUUUGACCGCACAGCCAAAAUUGGGGGCUCCACAACUUUCUGUAUCAAAAAACAAAUACCUCAGGAUGGGUUUUUGUGGACUUUGUAUUAUUGUUAUUAUCCGAAGCAGCCUGCCGGGCUGAGGUGGAGUGCAGGCUGGUCUGGCAUGCAGAGUGGUUGCAUGCCACACAGCGCGAUCUGACUGGCCUGUCUCUCCUCUAAUUGUUUACUCUUUCCAAGGUCUUCCAAAUGUAGCUGUCUUUUUCAAGGCAAAAGCUGAGAAAACAAUUAACACACAAGCAUUAGCAACAAUGAAAUACACUCUUCUGAAAAGAAAAAAAAAACACCACGAGAUGACAAGGUGGGGCUGAGAGAAAUAAGCCCCUUUUCUCAUCUCCUCAUUCAGGUUGCUGUUUCUUCAGCUCCUCGCAUACCUGUAGCAAAAGGCUACCAAAAAAAAUGGAAGACGUGCCAUUAACCCAUGGAUGAAGAGAAAAGUGUUGUGAAACAUGAAAAUAAAAGGAAAAAAAACACUUCAGUUUCGAGUUUCGACACUACACCAUGGGCUGUACAGGGCAUCUUCAUAUCAAGUUAACAAAAAAAACAGCUGCCAACAUGGGAUGUUGUGAUCAAACACAGUCCUACUAUUUAUUUCAGCUUACCCAAUGUUCUGUGAUGAACACACAUUGACAUAAUCAUAAUUGUCAUCAUUAUCAUUAUAUUUAUCUUUUUAAGUGCUGCUUGAAGAAGCUGAUGUGUGAGAAAUAUGCACAUGUAAAAUAUCAAGUUCUAGUAAAAAAAAAGUAUGAAAUGUCCUUUGUUGACUAUUUUUCAGUCAUUCAUUGAAUUUGUUAUUUUAUGAC